AUGCUGCAGUCGCUGGCGGGCAGUUCCUGCGUGCGGCUGGUGGAGCAGCACCGCUCCACUUGGUGCUUCGCCCUGCUGGUGCUGGGUUACCUGCUCUACCUGGUGUUCGGCGCCGUGGUCUUCUCCUCGGUGGAGCUGCCCUAUGAGGACCUGCUGCGCCAGGAGCUGAGCAAGCUGAAGCAGCGUUUCCUGGAGGAGCAUGCCUGCCUUUCCGAGCAGCAGCUGGAGCAGUUUCUGAUGCGGGUACUGGAGGCCAGCAACUACGGUGUCUCGGUGCUCAGCAACGCCUCGGGUAACUGGAACUGGGACUUCACCUCCUCUCUCUUCUUCGCCAGCACCGUCCUCUCGACCACGGGUUAUGGACACACAGUGCCUUUGUCUGAUGGAGGAAAGGCCUUCUGCAUCAUCUACUCAGUCAUCGGGAUCCCAUUUACGCUGCUUUUCCUGACGGCCGUGGUGCAGCGCAUCAUUGUAUAUGUCACCAGGCGGCCUGUACUGUAUUUCCACAUUCGCUGGGGCUUCUCCAAGCAGAUCGUUGCAAUCAUCCAUGCUAUAGUCCUUGGAUUCAUCACUGUCUCCUGUUUCUUCUUAAUCCCAGCAGCAAUAUUUUCUGUUCUGGAAGAUGACUGGAAUUUUUUGGAGUCUUUUUACUUUUGUUUCAUUUCCUUGAGCACCAUUGGCCUCGGAGACUAUGUGCCAGGAGAAGGCUACAAUCAAAAAUUCAGAGAGCUUUAUAAAAUUGGAAUUACAUGUUACCUGUUGCUGGGCCUUAUUGCAAUGUUGGUGGUUCUCGAGACUUUCUGUGAACUCCAUGAACUCAAAAAGUUUAGGAAGUUGUUUUAUGUGAAGAAGGACAAGGAAGAGGACCAAGUGCAUAUAAUGGAACAUGACCAGCUCUCCUUCUCUUCCAUCUCAGACCAAGCAGCCUCCAUGAAAGACGAUCAUAAAGCAAAUGAGCCUUUUGUGACUUCCCAGUCCCCAACGUCCAAUGACAGCUCUCUAAACAAUUAACACAGGGAUAUCCAAACCGUUGUUUUGGUGCAUUUAUGCUACUUACCAUAAGAAAUAGAAAGCUUCCUUUAUUUUUUUUUUCUCAAAGUAUAAAAGCUGGAAGACUGUGCUACUUUUACAGGGAUUCAUCACUUGUGACAUAGAAAAGACUUGGAAAAAACGUGGGAGCCACCCUGGGAAUAGGGAAAAAACUGUAGGAUGUGGCUGGGAACAUUAGGCCAUUUUGCUUGAGGGAUAUAGUCAGGUGUGCUGCUUUCAGACGUGCCCGAGAGAAGGGCUUACAUGAGCAACUUCAUCCAACGUCCUUAGGAGAGUAGGCUUACCCUCACAUCCAGGUCAUUUAGUAGCACACCUCAUCUUGCAGCUGGGUGACUUAGCAAAUUUGGGGAUGUGCACUUCUGAUUGUCAGAAGCAUAGUCACAGAUUUAAUCCUAACACACCAAAUAUCUUAAUCCAGAAAACAUUUCCAGAGCAAUAUCUAUAAAUGUGCUCAGGGAGGUGGGGGUUGGGCAGUAUCUCAGUGAUCCCUCUAUUAUGCAGUAGCUUACAGUUGCAAAUAAUAAUUCUAGGAAUGAAAAAACAAGGCUCUGAUCCCUCCUUUGCCCACGCUAUUUACAUUCAAAUUUCCUGCUUCCUUAUAAGGUCCCCCCAUCCAAGGAAAAUGUCCUGAAGGCAGUAUGCCUUGAGUCUUCCAUGUGGCUUGUCUUUGUAUGAAAUCCUUUUGUAAACUGAGAGACAGCAAGACCUAUUUGAAGUGCUGGGUGAGGUGGGGUUGUAGAGAAGGGAGAGAGCUUCAUUUCAGGCCUUUGCCCUCUGAAAUGGGCAGGAGUGGAUUUUUAACCGCGUGGAAUGGAGUGAAAAAGAGGCAGCAUACACCACGAUUGUCAUUGUCAUUGUCGUGUGCUUAAGACAUUUCCUUAGGAGAUGAUUGAAGUCUGUUUAGCAGACGGAGGAUUCUAGGCUGUUUCUCCUCCAGUCCAGCCCAGCCUGUGCUCUGCUGAGCUGAGAGGUGAGCGGAGGGACUGAAACUACUUCACCUUUGAACGUAGCCCCUCUUUCUUCUUUUGCUUUUCUUACUAGUAUUCUGAGCACUUUGGAGGAGAAGGGAAUGUUUCAGGGCAAAACCAUUUUUCAGUUUUUCAUGUGGCAAGAAAAAAGGAAAAAUGUUGCAUUUGGUUCAGAUGGAACCGAAUUUUUUUCCCCUUGGGAAGUCUCUAAAGUCAAGAUCUUGCUUAACUUCUGAAGCUGGAACCUCUUUGGCUGUAACAGGAGAGGCAUUUUAGUCCAGCUACCAGUCACUGUGCUGAAUGCAGGGAUCUCAGAGUGAAUCAGUGAGCAGGAGAUGAAACUUAAUGGUUGUGGUACUCUCUCUUCUGGCCUUAAGAAUCUACGGUAUGGGAAUCCUGAUAAUGCUCUGCAAUGAGCAGAAGAUCCAGAGCACAAAUAGCCAUAUUACAACAGCGUCCCACAUAGGAAUAGUGUAGAGGAGAGUCUUUUCCCUGCAGCGCAAGCAUGCCAGAUUGCCUGUAAUUUGGCUUUUAGUGUUUAGAGCUGAAUAGUACUUUACUGUAAAAGAAAAACAAAUGCAGUGUGUCUAGAUUUAAUGCACGUGGGAAAAAUACUUGAAAGUAAGUAACCCAAAAUUUACAGUGUUUGAGCUUAGUUAUAGCUAGCAUCAAACAGAUUUUGUAUCUUUACUGGAAAAUUCUUACUCUAUGGUUAAAUCAGCUGAAAGUCUUCAAUUAAAAUUUAUAUUUAUACAAAAGCAGAGCCUGAAGGUUUUGGUUGUUUUAGGUUUUAUAAGUUAGGUGAGAGUAUACCGUGUUUGCAUGUUCCCAGGAAAGUGGCUAUUUUUAUACUGCUUAAGUUAACACUGUUCUAUUUAUAAUGAAUGUUAACCAAUAUAUAUGUACAUAUAUACAUAAAUAUAUUUAUAUACUGUACAUAUAUUAUAAAUCACCAGAGUUUAACAGACUU